AUGGGAAAGUUCAAGUCUUGGAUUCAGGGCUCAAGUGCUGGACCAUCUCGGUCAGCUGCGACGGAGGAGAAGAAGCUCAAUCGGCGAUCUUUUUCUGGAAUCGCACAACUCAAGUCAAAACGGGAGACCGAGAGUCGGGUAGGCGCCAAAGAGCAAGACCUCGAGAGCAGAGUUUCAACUCAAAUGAAGCCAGAUAUGUCAGCCGAUUCUCGCAUGAUUAGUCUUGCAAAAAUUAUCAGUGCAGAAUCCAAUAAGCUUGAAAGCUACUGCAGAAGCCAUGGUAUCCCAACUCCGUCGUUUGACGCAGAUGCCCCCAAAGAUUUUCCAAAGCUCCCAGACGAUAUUCAAAAGAGCCGCCAUGAGAUUAUUUUCGCUGCGAGCGAGCUUUCAGGUCUCGUUCGUGGCCCGCGCGAGAGCGUGAGAUGGGGCGUCUGGGGCUUCUUGGACUCAUUGACUCUUCAAAUUAUUAAUCAUUAUGGUAUCGCCACUCUUGUUCCUACUUCGGGCACUAUCUCCUUUGCCGAACUACAAUCCAAGACGUCAUUGGACGCGAUAAAUCUUGCUCGAGUUUUGCGCCACGCAAUGACAAGUCAUAUAUUUUGCGAGCCAAAGCCAGGAGCCAUUGCACAUACUGCAUUGUCUCGCUGCCUCGCCGAAGAUGAUGCCCUGCAGAAUUGGAUUGGCUUCAACUCGGAAGACAUCUUCCCAGCAGCAGCCAACGUAGUGAAGUCUCUUGAGGCACAUCCCGAAGCAACGUCUUUGACAACAACUGGUUUCAAUUUUGCAUUCAACACUGUCGGAAUGGAACCCAUGUUUGUCACUUUCGGGAAGAAUCCGAAAGCCGCAAAAAGAAUGGGCGCCGCUAUGGCCAGCCUGACUGGAGGAGAAGGAUAUGAGGUCAGGUAUUUCGUCGACAAUUACGAUCUUUCAGAUGUUGAUAAAAACAGCGGGACUCUUGUCGAUAUUGGUGGUAGUCAUGGCUUUGUUUGCGUGGACCUUGCGAAGAAGUGGAAGAACAUGAAGUUCAUCGUCCAAGAUCUACCGAAAACAGUUGAGAGCGCCCCAAGCCCAAUUUCAGAAGAUGAUUCUGUCGCCAGCAGAAUAACGCUUCAAGCCCAUGAUUUUUUCAAAGAGCAACCCAUUAAAGGAGCGGACGUGUAUUUUUUCCGCUGGAUCAUUCAUAACUACUCAACGCCAUAUGCAACUGGCAUUCUCAAGAAUCUCGUGCCGUCCUUGAAGCCUGGCGCGCGAAUUGUGAUCAACGAUCACUGCCUACGACAGCCUGGCAUGGAAAAUCCUUGGGAUGAGAAGCUGAUGAGAGGCAUGGACAUGAUCAUGCUUACUCUGCUGAACGCUCAGGAACGUGACGAGAAUGAAUUCAAGGCAUUAUUCGCUGCGGCGGAUCCACGCUUCAAAUUCCAGGGCGUCACCAGGGUACAAGGCUGCCGCAUGAGUGUUAUUGAGGCUCUAUGGGACCCAGAACAGGACCCUGCACCUUGGAGCCAUCUGAGCGGGGAUGAAAAAGACGAGAGUUACUAG